UGAUGACUUAUGCAUUUACAGAUGUAUUUAGCAUGUAACAUUGUGCAUAUUAAUAUGAAACAGGAACGACGAAAGUCUCGUUGUGGGGUGCUUUAGUCAAACGUGGCAACCACAGAGCUAAACAGGAAAUGAUCACUGGCGCGAAAUUUGCUAGAUAUUAUGAAAGCGUCACGAAAGACAACGCAGAUUUGAGUUGACUGUAGUAAUUCACAACAGCGAAUGUCCAUCAUGAGGGCUGAUAUCGAUAAAAUCGCCUCGAUGUCAGAGGGAGAAAGUACCGGUGAUCUACAGAAAUACCUGUCCUCGCUUUCAGAUGAUCAGCUUAUCACUGUGAUUACUAAUACAGCAUUAAAGGGUAAGAAAGUCGCCACCACGAUUAAAGGCAUAUUUAAAGGCUCUCCACCCAGUACAAGCGAUGGGGCAAAGCGCAGACUCCUCGUUUACCAGCACUGCAUCCCUCUGUGUGAGUCGGGGGACCUCCAGACUGAGGUGGCAUCUGGUAUUAUAGGACUGCUGAUGCUGGAGACUCGUACGCUGACAGGACCCUCUCUUGCGCAAGUGGCCUCUCUUUUUGUUGACGCGAUUAAGGUUGGAAAAAUGGGUGGAGGGAAAUCCCUGGAGCUGUUUCCUACUGUGCUCACUGCCCUUGCAGCCUGUGAAGCAUUGUCAUAUGGCAAAGGAGAACUCAGUGGUGAGGAGUAUAAAAAACAGCUGAUCAACUCUCUGUGCUCAAGCAGAUGGGACCCACAAUGUGUUAUCCACCUGACCACCAUGUUCAGGGAUGUGCCCCUUUCAUCAGAGGAGCUGCAGUUUCUAGUAGAGAAAAUACUGAGGAUGUUCACCAAAUUGGAUUUACAAGAAAUUCCACCCCUGGUUUACCAGUUGCUGCUUUUGUCUGCAAAGGGAUGCAAAAAAAUUAUCCUUGAUGGCAUCAUCGGUUACUUUAAGGAGCAAGAUCUUCGCCAGGAUGAAGAGCAGAAACAUGGAGAAAGCCUGGAUCUAGAGGUUCAAUCCAUUCCACAGGACCAGUUAAGGCACGUGGAGGGAACAGUCAUCCUCCAUGUAGUCUUUGCUAUAAGACUUGACCAUGAACUUGGAAGAGAAUUCCUUAAAAACUUCAAGACCUCAUAUGGAGACUUGUGUUCGUUCAGCAUUGCACUGCUGCUCUCAGUGGCACGAAUUCAACGCUAUGAAGAGCAGGUGUUUGAACUUUUGAAAGGAGGGAUUACGAAGAGCUUCAAAGAUGAGCAGCUGCAACAGGGUUCAAAGUUUCUGCAGGACCUUCUUCCUGGACACUACAGUGUGGAUCAGAUGAUACUAGACACAGUCAAGAACAGUGUGUUUGGCUGGGAUCAUGUGACCCAGGGGCUGGUGCAGCUAGGCUUUUUCCUCAUGGACACAUUUGGACCCAAACCUGCACCCUUUGGCAAGACCACAGAGGGUUCUGCUACUGUAGCCCGGAGCCCCAUUCAGCAGGCAUGUAAGCUAGGAGGCCAGGUGCUACUUCAAGGCUUUAAGUUGCAGGAGCCUAUCAGAGGAGAGAUACUGGAGCAGGUCUUAAAUAGACUGGUCACCAAGACAGCCUCCCCUGUCAAUCAUUACUUAGAGCUUUUCUCUGACAUUGUGGUCUCUGCUCCCAUGAUCCUCCUGGAGUCAUCCUCUAAAGUGAUAGAGACAUUUGACCAUUUGUCAUACCUGCCCUUGACCACUGUUCAAGGACUCCUCAAAGCUAUUCAGCCUCUGCUCAAGGUCAGCAUGUCUUUGAAAGAUGCCUUAAUUUUAGUUCUCCGCAAGGCCAUGUUUUCCAGCCAACUGGAUGGCAGGAAGUCAGCAGUGACUGGGUUCUUGUUGCUGCUGAAGAAUUUCAAAGUGUUAGGCAGUUUGGCUUCCAGCCAAUGUAGCCAAUCAGUCUCCUCCAGUCAGGUCCAAGUUGAUGUUCACUCUCGUUACAACUCUGCUGCCAACGAAGCCUUUUGUCUGGAGAUUCUCAGCAGCCUGCGUCGCUGCCUGGGCCAGCAGGCUGAUGUACGGCUCAUGCUUUAUGAGGGCUUCUAUGAUGUUCUCCGUCGCAACUCCCAACUUGCAAGCUCUAUCAUGCAGACCCUCUUGUCACAGCUAAGACGAUACUAUGAGCCUGAGCAAGACCUCCUACCCCCGGUGAAGUUGGAGCCUUGCAUAACGGCUCACGGAGACCAAGUCUACCUCCAAGAGCCACUGGCCCAUCUGAUGAGCUGUACUGUGCAUUGCCUGCUGUGGCUGCAGAAUGUGCGCCGAACAGUCAAUCUUAAUGCCGGAGUCAGUGAUGACGAGGAUGAGGAGGAUGAAGAGGAAGGAUACCGGUCUGAACUACAGACAAUUCUGGAGAGCAUGACGAGGCGCAUGAUCAAGUCUGAACUGGAGGACUUUGAACUUGACAAGUCAGCUGAGUUUUCCAUGGGAUCCAGUGUUGGGGUAAAGAAUAAUAUUUAUGCUGUGCUGGUGAUGGGAGUGUAUGAGGUCCUAAUGGAGUACAAGUUCAUCAAAGCAAACUACAGUAAAAGCUGCUUUGAGGAGCUCAUACAGCUAUUUAACAACCACCACAAGCUAACUGAGAUUCUCAAAGAGAAAUCUGGAAAGAGUCGAGCAUCUUCGAACAAGAUCCCCCGCAGUUUGCUUUCGUUGGGCUUCAUAUCAACUCUGCUGACUAUGCUCUUCAGAGACAGUACUCAGAGCAGAGAGGAAGCGCUCUCAGUUCUGCGCUCCAAUGGGGACUUUGUACGUUACGCAGUUAAUGUAGCUGUGCAAAAAAUCCAGCAGUUGGAGGAAACGGGACACACAGAUGGCCCAGAUGGACAGAACCCAGACAGGACCUUCCGCUUCCUAUGUGACAUGACAAGUGUGCUGAUGUGGCGAUACACCAACAUCCCCAGUGUUGUGGAGGAUGCAGGAAAGAAGGAGAAACGGUCCAGCUUGUCUCAGCUGUGCCUGGAAGGUCUGCUUAGGAUUUUCACAGCCUGUCACCAGCGCUUUCCAGACAAGAUGCCCCAGCUGCUCUCCAACAUUGAUGUAGCUGAAGACGAUGCUGAGCCAGACGAGGCUAACGUGUCCGAUAUGAAUUUCUUUUACAUCAGACAGUUUCAGAGGGCACUGUUCACUCAGUUAAGUGGAGAAGAGGAGGACUUUAACAGCAAAGAGGCUCAGCUGCUGGUCAGCAUCUUAAGCGUGCUCUCACAUCAGCUAAAGCCGUCUUCCCAACAGUUUGUUCAGAUGAUCACAUGGACUGUAAAAAUCUGCAAGGAGACUAGUUUUGAGGAUUCUGCCUUUUCCAAGGGGCUGCUCUCUCUUCUCUUUAACCUACACAUUCACUAUAAGAGUCCUGUGAGCCUGCUGCUGGAACUUUGCCAAGACAUCCACAGUCAGCUGGGAGAUAUUGAUCAGGAUGUGGAUGUGGAAAAACAGUCCCACUUUGCUAUUGUCAACAUGAAAACUGGAGCAACAGUAGCACUGUUGGUCCUGGCUCAGGUUGACAAGGUGCUUGAUGAAGUGGACUGGUUGAUUGCCAGAAAGAAAAGCCAGGUAGCCGCUGACAAAACUGGAUCGGGUGAGGCCACCCAAGCAACAGGCCAGCAGGAUCCAAUAGAGAAAGCAGUGACGCUCCAGCUUGGCACUCUUUUGACAGGAUUAAAUGAGCUGAUCCAGACAGCCCUGCUGCCGGGCACCUGCACCAUCACACUGCUGAGAGAACUGAGUCGCACAUACACUAUCCUCACCACCCUGGUCAAAUACUACAUCCAGGUGUGCAGCAGCCAACAUGGUGCCCUGCCAGCUCGCUUUGAGAAACUGGUCAAACUAUCUGGCUCUCACCUAACACCACAGUGCUAUUCUUUCAUCACAUAUGCACAGAGUGGUGAAAUCAGUGGUGGAGGUGAUGAUAAGAAGAAAAAGAAGAAGAAUGAAGUAAACACAGCUGCUUCUGCAAAACUUCUGCGUGACACAAAGGCCAUCCCCAAUUUGAUCUUCAGCAUUGAACAGUAUGAGAAAUACCUCAUUACGCUCUCAAAGAAAUCAAAGGUAAAUCUGAUGCAGUACAUGAAGCUGAGCACUUCAAGAGAUUUUCGCAUCAAUGCUGCUACGCUGGAUGCAGCCCUGCAGGAGCAGGAUGACACUGAGGAGACAACAGAGUCACAGGAGACACAAGAACCCAAACAGAAGAAGAGGAAGCAGUGAGAUGACCUUGUACAUGUGUUACUACCACUGUUAUUCAGAACAGUAGUCUGGCCUGUGAUCUGCUAUCUUCCUUUGCUUAAAGAGCCUUUGGUGAUAUCAAUGAUUUGGUAGAUGUCCAAGGCUUCACCUGUGAAAAGUUUGCACAAAGUUUGUUUAGCAAUUGGGUUUUGUUCUUAUUUCACUUGAAAAUGUUGUUUUAUUUAAUGGCAAGUAUCUAAACACAGCAACUUCAGUUUUACAGUACUUUACACUGACAUUAAAUCUAGCAUUUGAAUAAAUAAUGUGACUUUCUCUCAAACAUAAAGGUGGCUUGACAUCAUAAAAGCUGCACUGAUGUUCAGAAAAAGGUCACUGUUAAAAAUCAGCUCCUCAUUAAAUAGUACACUUGUAAUUACAUUGUAUUUGAAAUAUGCUUGGUCAGUCUAGCUUUGUCAAAUGCUGUUUUGUUUGAAAUAAAUAUUUGUUUAUUCA